GAAGGUUUGCUAAUAAAUUUUUAAUAUCAAAUUGAUAGAAUUUUUAAUGGAACGCUAAAAACAAUGCAUGCUCCGUUAGGGUAGGUUUCUAAAUUUAACUAACUAUUUAGUUACAUAGCCAACCUCUGGCUGCAUGUCCAAAGAGCGUAAAAACUAGUUGAAGUCAUUAAGCCUGAAAGCCCUUAUGUAACCUGGAAAAUCGUCUGAAUUACUUUACUCUCCCAGUGGAUACCUUUUUUGUAUAUGCAAUCACGAAAACUAAUAUUGCUAUUUUAUAUGUAAAGUGCUUUAAUGUAACAGUUUCAUUUCGUCGGGAACUUUGAACACAUUGAACGCAAAAAUAUCUUUGUAAAUAAAAUGGAUACUGGUAAGCUUCCAAAAUUUUCUAUACUUUUAAACCAUCAAAUUUUCCAAUGAACUAAGGCUUUGGGCUUAUAGCGAAGUUAAAAUAAUUUUAGUAUGUAUCUGGGCCUCAUGAUAUAAGCACUCCAAAUUAAUUGAAAAUGUUGUGUGUGUGUUUGGAUAAGUAGAUUCAAUAACAAAUAACAUCCUUUGAACUUUUCUAUUUAAAAAUUGCAUUUGCUGCUUAUCUAAUUUAUGUUUAAAUAUGAACAAUGAAAUUUGAUUUGCAUACAUACUUUGUCUAAAUAAGGGCAAAUGCGAAAAAGUGCAAAAACGGCGAUUUUUCAGGUAAUCAAUCUUCAAAUAUUAGAAAAUUAUAUUUUAUUUUCAGAUAAGAUUGCCGAUACCAGUAUAUACUCAACCCCAGGCUUCUUAUCAAAUCAAGAAGAGUUGGAAAACAAGACGCACAUCGAUUUAAUAGAAAGAUUUAAAGAAAAUUGGGGUGUAAGAUAUUGGACUCAGGGAUUUUUCAACGAAGAAUAUAUUUACGAUAUUAACAUUCAUUGGUUAAAAUUUAACCCUCCAAAAAGUUCUCAUUUUAUUAUUUUGGGGGUACUGUAUAUUGUGAUCAUGACGUUUGGUUGUAUGGGCAACGGUUUGGUGGUUUUUCUAUUUUGCAGGAGCAAAUCUUUACGGACCCCAGCCAACAUGCUAAUUGUUAACUUGGCUGUAAGCGAUUUUUUAAUGCUUCUAAAAAUGCCUGUGUUUAUUUACAAUUGCUUCUACCAUGGUCCUGUUUUAGGAGAUAUAGCUUGUCGUAUCUAUGGAUUUUUUGGAGGGCUUUGUGGCACAGCAUCCAUAGGAACACUGGCAGCUAUUUCAUUUGACCGAUACUUUGUAGUCAAGUAUCCUCUAAAACGAUUUUCCAGACAUCGAAUUUAUUUUUGUUUGAUAUUCUCCUGGAUCUACGCUCUAUGUUUUUCCCUAAUCCCGUUGCUGGACAUUGGCUUUGGCAAAUAUCAAUACGAGGGCUAUUUGGCAAGUUGUAGCUUUGACUAUUUAUCAGAAAAAAAAGCCAUUAGAAUGUUCAUUUUAAUUUUCUUUUUUGCUGCUUUUAUAGUUCCCUUGAGUAUCAUUAGCUUUAGCUACUAUAAAAUUGUAAGAGUUGUUGGAGGCAGAUCUAGAGCAGUAAAAGACAAAAGGGAUUCAAUUAGGCAUGUGAAAGAAGAAGACGAACGCAAACAAGAACUCAAAUUAGCUAUCAUAGUCCUUAUAGUAAUAUUUCUAUGGUUGUUCUCAUGGACUCCUUACGCCACUGUAGCUUUGUUAGGAAUAUCUGGCAACAAACACCUAAUCACUCCUCUAGCGUCAAUGAUUCCUGCAUUAUUUGCCAAAACUACCAGCGCCAUAGAUCCAUUUGUUUACGCAAUGUCCCAUCCAAAAUUUAGAGAAGAAUUAUGGAAAGUAUUGAAAAUCUUCAAGAAAAAAAAGAAUCCAAAAAAUAACCGUAAAGUUUGGUCAACUGAACCGACAUUUGAUACAUCAAUAACAUUUGCAUCCAGAGCCUCUUCAUAUGACGACGAUGAUGGCGUGGAAGAAGAAAUGGUUGAACUUGGAUUGCCUUCAGUUGCUGCCGAAGAAUUUUCAUUUGAAAGAUUUGAAAAAAUGGAUUUUAAGUCAAAGGAGCGGGAAUUGAAAAGACGAGCUUCAGCGGCCAGUCUGUUAUGUUUCAAACCAACUUUUACUAAUAAACGUUCUAGUUUUAGAAGACUGUCAAGGCGUAUAUCGACUUUAAGCAAAUCUCGAAGCAAGGAGGAAGAUGAAAGUACAAAUUAGGAAUAGAAAAGUUUCAUGUUUUGAUUUAUGCAAUCAAUCUCAAAAUUAGUUUGAUGUUUCAUUAAAUAGGAUAGAUUUUUGUAUUUAUUUGCUAUAUUUAUAUAAAUUAUGAGAAAUAAAC